AUGCCAUAGAGCCCAAAACAAGUCAUAAGGGUAAUGCCUCCGCUUGUCUUAGUGUUCCAGAGGAUGUUCGGGUUUUCAUGCAACAGAGUAUAGCCGGGGUUGUGGUGAGGAAGAGGAGGAAGCAAAAGAUUGAGGAAGCCAUUGCGAGUGUUGACCCGGUUUGUAGUGAGAUAGUUGCUCUUGAUGAUCAAUGUGAUGCAAGUACGGGUCUCCAGUUGGUUGGAGUUCCGGAUACACUUGAACCGAAUUCGGGUUUGUUAGUGAAUGGGGAAGGGACUAGUAAUAGGAGUGGGGAGAGAAGGAAGAGGAGGAGAGGCAAGAAAGCUUUGGCAAAUGCUGAAAAUGAUGAUGCUGGAGCUGAUACUAGUAGUGUUGCAUUGUGUUCAAAAAGGGUGAACAAUCGUGUUCAGAUGGCAAUAGGGCGGUUUUUGUAUGAUAUAGGGGCACCUCUAGAUGCUGUGAACUCGGUUUAUUUUCAGCCAAUGAUUGAUGCAAUUGCUUCUGGAGGGUCUGGGGUUCUGCCACCCUCAUACCAUGAUCUUCGGGGCUGGAUUUUGAAGAAGUCAGUUGAAGAACUGAAGAGUGAAACUGCCAAGUACGACGCAGCAUUGGUGAGCACGGGUUGUUCUGUUUUGGUUGAACAAUGGUGCACAGAAACGGGCAGAACGUUGCUAUGUUUUUUGACGCAUUGUCCUCAAGGAACUUUAUUUUUGAAAUCUGUGGAUGCAUCUGACAUUUUAAAUUCAUCGGAUGCUUUGCAUGAAUUGUUUAAGCAAGUGGUGGAAGAAGUUGGUGUGAGAAAUGUGCUGCAAGUAAUUACUAAUGGGGAAGAGCAAUAUAGUAUUGCAGGCAGGAGGUUGACUGAUACUUUCCCUACUCUGUAUUGGACGUCUUGCGCAGCUCGUUGCAUAGAUUUUAUACUUGAAGAUUUCGGAAAUCUUGAGUGGAUAAAUGCGGUAAUUGAACAGGCUAAAUCUAUCACGAAAUUUAUCUACAAUCAUAGUGUGAUUUUGAAUAUGGUGAGAAGGUAUACUUUUGGCAAUGAUAUUGUAGAACGGGGGGUCACUAGGUCUGCUACAAACUUUACAACAUUGAAACGAAUGGUUGAUCUCAAACACAAUUUGCAGGCCAUGGUUACUUCACAGGAGUGGCUGGACUGCCCAUAUUCGAAGAAAACUGAGGGACUGGGUAUGUUAGAUACUGUAGCUAGUCAGGCAUUUUGGUCCUCGUGCAUUCUGGUAGUCCACUUAACAAAUCCUCUCUUGAGACUUUUGAGAAGAGUGGGUAGCGAGAAGAGGCCUGCCAUGGGAUAUGUUUAUGCAGGAAUGUAUCAUGCAAAAGAA